GCAUCACAACACAACAAGACGUCAAGAUCAAGCUGAAGCUGCUGCCGCUGCCCCGGGUGUAUGUAUGCAGGUGACAGGAAGCAGAGGGACCAUUAAGAAACAUGAUCCCCGCAGCUACCGGGUUGACGUUAGCUCUCGGUAGUGUUUCUGCGGGACCACCGCUGCUCUUCUGAGGCAUGGCGGCGGCAGGUGGCGGUGGCGGCCUGACGACACGGGAGGCUCUCGGACGGCUACAUGAUGACAUCGCGGCGGCUCUCGAACAUCACCACAAGGAGGAGGCACUAAGCAGGAAGCGUGGGUGUUGGGGUUCCCGGGGCGUGCUGUACGAGGCGCUGCACCACAACUGUCAACUCUCAUUGUUCCACUGGUCCUCCGCCCUGGCCCUCCUCCUGGCUGCCGGUGCGCUGAUGGCUGCCUACGCUUCUGCUAGUCAUGACAGGUUCCAGUGGGUGCCAGUGGAGGUGGUGGUGCUGGUGGUGGCGGUGGGGGCUAACGUCUACCUGGGCUGGUGGGACACGGCCCUCCGACACCAGGAGUUGCCGCACCUCACCCAGCGCACCCUCUCCAAGCUCAGGGAUGGAUAG